AUGAGUGACUCAAAACCUCUUAAUACGCCAAUCUCUUUUGAGUCAUCUUUAUCUCGCCAUGAUGGCAAUACUCUUUUUGAGUCAUUUCUGUAUCGCAACAUUGUUGGUGCUCUCCAAUAUUUGAUGCAUACUCGACCUGAACUAGCAUUUGUUGUCAACGGUGUUUGUCAAUACAUGCAGUCUCCUACCACCACUAAUUGGCCUGUAGAAAAACGAAUACUCUACUAUCUUUGUCAUACUCAUCAUCAUGGACUUCUCAUUUGUCCAUCAUCUUAUCUCGAUCUAUCUACCUUUUAUAACUCUAAAUCAGUUGGUUGUCCAGAUGAUCGUCGCUCCACAACUGACUAA